UUUCAAAUGUGGCCAGGUGCUGAGUAGCCAGCCCUCUUUCCCUCCAUUUGUCCUAGCCUCAGGGGAGCGACCAUUUUUUUAACCUCUCGGUCAGGCUAAGGAAUUUACGGCUGAGAGGUCUGCCCAUUUCCUUGAUAAGGAAGCGUUGACACUUGGAUGGAUGCGGGUCCCAGUCAAUGGCCCGGAGAUUUCCUCGGUCUUUUGGGUAAAGGGACGGAGCUUCCGCUUGUCUUUCAUGAUUCGGAGGAAGCCCAGCUUCCAAAGAGCGGGACUCGCUGGAUUGGCCAAUAGCUACUCCUUUUUGCAACUUGCAAGCGUUCGCACGGAGAGUGGGGAGGUGGCAUAUGGUUGCCAAUCAGAGCCGACCAGGGCUGGCCGUCGGCAGCUGGCGACCAAUAGACGAGACCGACCAGAGCGCGCUCCCUUAGUAGGUGGAUGGUGGUCGAAGCGCCGGCUCCCUUCUCGUCGUCGCCAUUUUGUGCUGGUGACUGCGGCCGGCUGGGAGUAGGCGGCAGUGGGUUUCCUGGGGAGGGUAGCGCGCUUGGCGCUUCUCCCCUCCCCGCUCUUCCGCCCUCUUGCUUCCAGCCUCAGACUUAACGCUGGUGCGGGCCGGCCCCGGCUGAGCUGGGAGAGUUGGAGGAGGUGGCGGCGCGCAGAGGUGAUGUCCGGGAGCCCUCCCUUGACAGCCCGGGCCGAGAAGAGUCCCUGCAGGAGGCAUCACCCAGGCUGGCAGAUCAUGGUGGCAGCAGCGGGGGUGGCUGGGAAGUGAAACGGAGCCAGCGGCUGAGGAGGGGCCCCAGCAGCCCCCGCAGGCCCUAUCAGGACAUGGAGUAUGAAAGACGUAAUCGCAGUAGAAGAAAUUUCAACAAAACAGCUGCCAGUGCUAACGGGGUGACCGUGAAACAGAGGGGCAGGGUAGCACGGUGCAACAUGGGGCAGAGGAAGAGAGGUCAGUAGAGACCUUGCCCCACAUACCCUGCAGACCUUGCGGGAUCUGGAGGUGGUCGUGGGGAUAGGACUGGCCGCUACGGAGCCACUGACCGUUCGCAGGACGAUGGGGGGGAGAGCCGCAGCCGAGACCACGACUACCGGGACAUGGACUACCGCUCAUAUCCCCGCGAGUACGGUAGCCAGGAGGGCAAGCACGACUAUGACGACUCGUCCGAGGAGCAGAGUGCAGAGGAUUCCUACGAGGCCUCCCCGGGCUCCGAGACUCAGCGUAGGCGGCGGCGGCGGCACAGGCACAGCCCCACCGGCCCGCCAGGCUUCCCCCGAGACGGCGACUAUCGGGACCAGGACUAUCGGACCGAGCAAGGGGAGGAGGAGGAGGAGGAUGAGGAGGAGGAGGAGGAGGAGAAGGCCAGUAACAUCGUCAUGCUGAGGAUGCUGCCACAGGCAGCCACUGAGGAUGACAUCCGGGGCCAGCUGCAGUCCCACGGAGUGCAAGCGCGGGAGGUCCGGCUGAUGCGGAACAAAUCCUCAGGUCAGAGCCGGGGCUUCGCCUUCGUCGAGUUUAGUCACUUGCAGGACGCUACACGAUGGAUGGAAGCCAAUCAGCACUCCCUCAACAUCCUGGGCCAGAAGGUGUCCAUGCACUACAGCGACCCCAAGCCCAAGAUCAAUGAGGACUGGCUGUGUAAUAAGUGUGGCGUCCAGAACUUCAAACGCCGUGAGAAGUGCUUCAAAUGUGGUGUGCCCAAGUCAGAGGCGGAGCAGAAGCUGCCCCUGGGCGCAAGGCUGGAUCAGCAGACGCUGCCUCUGGGUGGACGGGAGCUAAGCCAGGGCCUGCUCCCCCUGCCUCAGCCCUACCAGGCCCAGGGAGUGCUGGCCUCCCAAGCCCUGUCACAGGGCUCGGAGCCAAGCUCAGAGAACGCCAAUGACACCAUCAUUUUGCGCAACCUGAACCCACACAGCACCAUGGACUCCAUCCUGGGGGCCCUGGCACCCUAUGCGGUGCUGUCCUCCUCCAAUGUACGCGUCAUCAAGGACAAGCAGACCCAACUGAAUCGCGGCUUCGCCUUCAUCCAGCUCUCCACCAUCGUGGAAGCAGCCCAGCUACUGCAGAUCCUACAGGCCCUGCACCCACCGCUCACCAUCGACGGCAAGACCAUCAACGUUGAGUUCGCCAAGGGUUCUAAGAGGGACAUGGCCUCCAAUGAAGGCAGCCGCAUCAAUGCUGCCUCUGUGGCCAGCACUGCCAUUGCUGCGGCCCAGUGGGCCAUCUCACAGGCCUCCCAGGGUGGGGAGGGUGCCUGGGCCACCCCCGAGGAGCCACCGGUCGACUACAGCUACUACCAACAGGAUGAGGGCUAUGGCGGCAGCCAGGGCACAGAGUCCUCCCUCUAUGCCCAUGGCUACCUCAAGGGCACCAAGGGCCCCGGCAUCACUGGAACCAAAGGGGACCCAGCUGGAGCAGGUCCUGAGGCCUCCCUGGAGCCUGGGACAGACUCUGUGUCACUGCAGGCUUUCUCCCGUGCCCAGCCUGGUGCCGCACCUGGCAUCUACCAGCAAUCAGCUGAGGCGAGCGGCAGCCAGGGCACCGCUGCCAACAGCCAGUCAUACACCAUCAUGUCACCCGCUGUGCUCAAAUCUGAGCUCCAGAGCCCUACCCAUCCCAGCUCUGCCCUGCCACCAGCCACCAGCCCCACUGCCCAGGAGUCCUACAACCAGUACCCUGUUCCGGACGUGUCUACUUACCAGUAUGACGAGACCUCUGGCUACUACUAUGACCCCCAGACUGGCCUCUACUAUGACCCCAACUCCCAGUAUUAUUACAACGCUCAGAGCCAGCAGUACCUGUACUGGGACGGGGAGAGACGGACCUACGUCCCUGCGCUGGAACAGUCAGCCGACGGGCAUAAGGAGACGGGGGCCCCCUCGAAAGAGGGUAAAGAAAAGAAGGAGAAGCACAAGACCAAGACAGCCCAACAGAUUGCCAAGGACAUGGAACGCUGGGCCCGCAGCCUCAACAAGCAAAAAGAAAACUUCAAAAACAGCUUCCAGCCCAUCAGCUCCCUGCGAGACGAUGAAAGGCGGGAAUCAGCUACCGCAGAUGCUGGCUAUGCCAUCCUCGAGAAGAAGGGAGCACUAGCUGAAAGACAGCACACCAGCAUGGACCUCCCGAAACUGGCCAGCGAUGACCGCCCAAGCCCACCUCGGGGCCUCGUGGCAGCCUACAGCGGGGAGAGUGACAGCGAGGAGGAGCAGGAGCGCGGGGGUCCGGAACGGGAGGAGAAGCUCACUGACUGGCAGAAGCUGGCCUGUCUGCUCUGCCGGCGCCAGUUCCCCAGCAAGGAGGCGCUCAUCCGCCACCAGCAGCUCUCUGGGCUACACAAGCAAAACCUUGAGAUUCACCGACGAGCGCACCUGUCGGAAAAUGAGCUGGAAGCACUGGAGAAGAACGACAUGGAGCAAAUGAAGUACCGGGACCGUGCAGCUGAACGCAGAGAGAAGUACGGCAUCCCUGAGCCACCGGAGCCCAAGCGGAGGAAGUACGGCGGCAUGUCUGCAGCUUCUGUGGACUUUGAGCAGCCCACACGGGAUGGGCUGGGCAGCGACAACAUUGGCAGUCGUAUGCUCCAGGCCAUGGGCUGGAAAGAAGGUAGUGGCCUGGGCCGGAAGAAGCAGGGCAUCGUGACGCCCAUUGAGGCCCAGACACGGGUGCGGGGUUCCGGCUUGGGGGCCCGAGGCAGCUCCUACGGGGUCACCUCAACCGAGUCCUACAAGGAGACACUGCACAAGACAAUGGUGACCCGCUUCAACGAGGCCCAGUGAGCAGCUGUGAGAGCUGCUUCUACAUAUGUCGGGUGUCCGGCCCAGGGCAGGGGAGGGUGAAGUGGUGGGUGGUCUGAGUGGGGCCCUGCACCUGUCUGCUAGCCUACUCCCCAGCCAGAGAGGCCCUGACCAAGUCAGACUUUAAAUUGGUGACUUUUGUUGGAAAGCUGGGCUGGGAUCAUGCUCUUCUUUUUGUAAUAAAAGCUGAAAAGUCCGUA